AUGUCUAAAGGAAAAAGAGGUAAACAAAUAUUUGAUUCAUCUGAAUCUUCUAAUGAAGAAAAAUAUUAUAAAAAUCCUAAAAAAUAUCAUAAAUCACACUAUUCAGAAAAAAGUUCGGACAACGGUUCAUAUAAAAAAAAAAAUUACGAAAAAGAAAAAAGUAAACAAAAAUUAAAAAAAGAUCAAAAGAAAAAUUAUAAAGAAAAUAUAAAUUCAUUUAGUUCUCAUAAUUCUACUAGUAGAAAUUCUGAUACGAACAAUAAUGGUGCUAAUUCUUCCAGUGAAUCGACAUCAAAUAGUGACGAUGAAUUUAAAAUAUUAAAAACGGAAGAAAAUGAAGAUAAAUUUUUAGAGGAAAGGAGAAGACAUAGAGAAGCAAUAAAAGAGAGACUAAAAAAUUUAGUUGAUAAUAAUAAAAAAGUGGAUGAAGCAAAUAUUAGCGACAAUAAAAAUAAAAAUGAAGAAAAUAAAAAUGAUAUACCAAAUGAUAAUAAAAAGGAUAUAAUAUUUUCUGAUUUAGAAAAAGUAAAAGGAGAUAAUAAGGAGGAUUCUUUUAUAGCAUUCAAUGAAAUAUCAACAUUAGAAGAAAUGGAACAAAAACAAGUAGCAUGCAUAUUUGCUCCUAACAACGAAGUAAUUGAAGAAACUUGUUCAUCUUUAUCAUCUGAUCAUGAAGUAAUAGAAGAAAAACCAGCUAAAGAAAAAAACGAAUUAGUAAAAGAAUCAAAUGAUUUAUAUAAUGAUUUAAAAAAAAAAAUAGAUGAAGAAAAAGCUAAAAUUAGAGUCUUUAUAAUUAAGCAAAAAGAAUUACAUGAAAGAAGAAAAAUGAAUAAUGAUGAUACUUCAUAUAUAAAUAAAAAUAAGGAAAUUAAUUUAGUAAAUCAAAAUUUAAUUGAUAAUAAAAACGAUAGUAUUGAAGGAGAAGAUAAUGAAAAUGACGAAGUAGAUAUGUUUUCAAGUGUUCAAUCAAAUAAAAAGAGAAAAAUAGAAAGCACUUUAAUAACUGAUUAUUAUUCAGCAAACAAUGCAACUUUAUCAGAUAACUGGAAUGAUUCUGAAGGAUAUUAUAAGGCAAUUGUUGGUGAAGUAAUUGAUAAUAGAUAUAGUGUUGUGUGUGAACUAGUUGGAAAAGGUGUUUUUUCUAAUGUGUUAAAAUGCUAUGAUAUGGUUAAUAAAAUGCCUGUGGCCAUUAAAGUUAUUAGAGAUAAUGAUAUGAUGAAAAAAGCGGCAGAAAAAGAAAUUUCAAUUUUAAAAAAAUUAAAUCAGUUUGAUAAGGAUAAUAAGAGACAUAUUGUUCGUUUAUUAAGAAGUAUUAAAUAUAAAAAUCAUUUAUGCUUAGUUUUUGAAUGGAUGUGGGGAAAUUUAAGAAUAGCUUUAAAAAAAUAUGGUAAUGGUUAUGGUUUAAAUGCAACAGCUGUACAUUGUUACACAAAACAAUUAUUCAUAGCUUUAAGACACAUGCGUAAAUGUAGAAUAAUGCAUGCUGAUUUAAAACCCGAUAAUAUACUAAUAAAUGAAAAAUUUAAUGCUUUAAAGGUGUGCGAUUUAGGAAGUGCUAGUGAUAUAUCAGAAAAUGAAAUUACUUCUUAUUUAGUUAGUAGAUUUUAUAGAGCUCCAGAAAUUAUUUUAGGUAUUCGUUAUGAUGCACAAAUUGAUGUAUGGGCAGCAGCAGCUACAAUCUUUGAGUUAGCUACAGGAAAAAUUCUAUUUCCUGGAAAAUCAAAUAAUCACAUGAUAAAAUUAAUGAUGGAAUAUAAAGGGAAGUUUUCACAUAAAAUGAUAAAAGGUGGGCAAUUUUAUUCUCAGCACUUCAAUGAAAAUUUAGAUUUUAUAUAUGUUGAUAGAGAUUCUUAUACUAAAAAAGAAAUAGUAAGAGUAAUAUCGGAUUUAAGGCCUACUAAAAAUAUAACAUGUGAUUUAUUAGAACACCAGUACUGGCUGAAAGGAAAUAGCCCUAAAAUGCAAUUUUUAAAAAAGAAAAUAAAACAAUUGGGAGAUUUGUUAGAAAAAUGCUUAAUGCUAGAUCCGUCAAAGAGAUAUACACCAGACCAAGCUUUACAACAUGUUUAUUUGAGAGAAUCAAUUAAUUUUUCAAAAGUUCAAAAUGAAUGA